UCAGCCACGUGUAGCUUCCAUGGCGGCCUCACAGGUCCCGGGGGAGAUUAACAUACAGGCGGGAGAGACGGCCAAGGCCGGGGACAGGGACCUGCUGGGGAACGGCUGUCCGGAGCAGGACGGGCUUCUCCAACGCUCCUGGAGGCAGAAGUGCGCCUCCUACGUGCUGGCCCUGCGGCCCUGGAGCUUCAGUGCUUCACUCACCCCGGUGGCCCUGGGCAGCGCCCUGGCCUACAGAUCCCAGGGCGUGCUGGAUCCCAGGCUGCUGGUGGGUUGUGCUGUGGCUGUCCUGGCCGUGCACGGGGCUGGCAAUUUGGUCAACACUUACUAUGACUUUUCCAAGGGCAUUGACCACAAAAAGAGUGAUGACAGGACCCUGGUGGACCAUAUCUUGGAGCCCCAGGAUGUUGUUCGGUUUGGAGUCUUCCUCUACACUUUGGGCUGUGUCUGUGCGGCUUGUCUCUACUACCUGUCUCCUCUGAAAUUGGAGCACUUGGCUCUCAUCUACUUUGGAGGCCUGUCUGGCUCCUUUCUCUACACAGGAGGAAUUGGAUUCAAGUAUGUGGCUCUGGGAGACCUGGUCAUCCUCAUCACUUUUGGCCCGCUGGCUGUGAUGUUCGCCUAUGCCGUCCAGGUGGGGUCCCUGGCAGUCUUCCCACUGGUCUACGCCAUCCCCCUUGCCCUGAGCACCGAGGCCAUUCUCCAUUCCAACAACACCAGGGACAUGGAGUCUGACAGGGAGGCCGGCAUCGUCACGCUCGCCAUCCUCAUCGGCCCUACCCUCUCCUACAUGCUCUACAACACGCUGCUCUUCCUGCCCUACCUGAUCUUCAGCAUCCUGGCCACACACUGCAGCAUCAGCCUGGCUCUCCCCCUACUCACCAUCCCCAUGGCCUUCUCCCUGGAGAGACAGUUCCGAAGCCAGACUUUCAACAAACUGCCCCAGAGGACUGCCAAACUCAACCUCUUGCUGGGGCUCUUCUAUGUCUUUGGCAUCAUUCUGGCCCCAGUGGGCAGUCUGCCCAAACUGUAAGGGGACCUGGAGCUCCCCGUCUCCAUUCCCUGUAUUGGAAUGUGUUUGUUGAAGGCAGAGAAUCCGAGGAGGGAGGGUGAUUUAGCAGCGAGGGGGCUGAGGUUGGCUUCUGAACUCCCACCUUUUUUUAUUAUCUUUCUAAAGAUAA